AGCUAAUAAAUCCGUUAUUGGUUUAAAAUUUCAAUUAUAAAAUGAUAAUCUGGCAGAGUUGGUAACCGCAACAUAAAAUAUCCGCUCAAAUAUAAAUACACAAGAAGAGAUGAUGGAAAUAUUUGAAAGCAACAACAGUAAAUACAACGUGGUGGUGGAGAAUAUGUGUGUGUAGGAAACAGAAACAAAAUCAUAUCUAUAGAAACAAAAACAAAAAUAAAAGCGGCAAUAGCAGCAGAGUCUUAUGAGUUCAUUUCUGUUACCUUUAAAUUCAGUAGACUGUGAGAAAUCGGCAAAAACGUUUGCAAAAAAGGAAAUAAAUAGAAUUCGUCAGCAAAACGAUUUAACAAAAUUUCUAUUGAGUGUUCACAAAAAUUAAAGAUAUCUUUUAACAAAUUUUUAACUAAAAGACUGAAUAAAAAAUUUGCACAAAAAAAAAACAAGAAAGUUAAAAAUAUAAAUAAAAGCAAGAAACAAGUUAAAAACUAUUAAAAAAACGAAUAAAGGAAAUUUCAUUUUUGCUGUUGGGUGUGUUAAAAAAUAAUGUUUAAAAGUUCUUCUACAUCGUCAAUUAAACAAUUGUGGUUGUUAAGCAUCAGUAGCAGUACUGGCAGUCGUACUGGUAUUAAAUCAUUUAAAAACUUUCAACAAUUUAAUGGCUCCCCAUUGUCCAUCACUACCAAACGCUUUAAGGCUACUGCUUUGAAUAUUUCGGAAGUUAAGAACGAAGAAAAUAACAAAACGAACUAUGUACCCACUUUAGAUCAACGGGCGAAAUUUGGUCAUACCGGUAAACAUAUCCAAGAAAAAAUUGCCUUAGAGGUAAGUUUUAAAACUAUAUAUUUUUAAUGCUUUAAGAACACA